GCGCCGCUCUUUCCGCUUCCGUGCCGGUCAUGCUGCGCUGCUGCCGGGCGGGCGCGGCCAUCGCUGCCGGCUUCGCCCCGGGCUCCCUGCGCGGCCUCGCCAUGGCCAAGAGCAAGUUCGAGUACGUGCGGGAUUUCGAGGCGGACGACACGGUGCUGCCCAACUGCUGGAUCGUGGUGCGGCUGGACGGCCGCAACUUCCACAGGUUUUCUGAGCAGCAUGAGUUCAAAAAGCCAAAUGACGACCGUGCUCUGCACCUGAUGACCAAGUGUGCCCAGACAGUGAUGCAAGAACUGGAGGAUAUUGCUAUUGCUUAUGGACAGAGUGAUGAAUACAGUUUUGUUUUCAAAAAGAAGAGCAGGUGGUUUAAAAGAAGAGCAAGUAAGUUCAUGACUCAUGUGGUCUCGCAGUUUUCCUCAAGUUACGUGUUCUAUUGGAAGGAUUACUUUAAGGACCAGCAGCUUCUGUACCCACCAGGAUUUGAUGGACGAAUUGUGUUGUAUCCCAGCAACCAGAAUCUGAAGGACUACCUCAGCUGGAGGCAAGCAGAUUGCCAUAUUAAUAACCUUUAUAAUACAGUGUUCUGGAUGCUUGUCCAGCGAGGUGGUUUGACACCAGUGCAAGCACAGGAGAGGCUCCGGGGAACUUUGGCUGGAGAUAAGAAUGAAAUCUUAUUUUCUGAAUUCAGCAUCAACUACAACAAUGAACCUUUGAUGUAUAGAAAAGGAACUGUCCUAAUAUGGCAGAAGGUCAAUGAAGUCAUCACUAAGAAAAUAAAACUGCCAAAGGAAGAAGAAGAAAAAGAAGUGGAAGUGACCCGGACUAAGACUCAAGUUGUUCCCCUGCACUGUGACAUCAUUGGGGACCAGUUCUGGGAGGAAUAUCCCGAGAUUCUGGCUGAGGACAGUUGAUAGCUCUGAUGAGUAUAGCUGGUAGUUUACAUUUUGCUCAGCUUGGGCUGUUGGCAAGUGAGGAAUACGAAUGGAGGCUGCCAGAGUUUGACCUGUAACCCUCUUCAGCAGUUACAUUGGGUUUAGCACUGUUGCUGCCUGAAAGGAAGACACUGGUGCUGUCUGAUAUAGAAGGUUAUGCCCACAUGGAAAACUAAAAUCAUACUCUAUUUUGAAUGCUAGGAACUCAUCAUGAAUUAAGACUGUUCCUGCCUUGUACACGUGUAUUUAUAAAAAGAGUAUGUAGAAAUUCCCUGUCUUUCUAUAGAAUUUUAAAAAUGAGAUAUUUCAUUGAACCACUGAACUAUAAAAAAGCCUACAUAUUUGAACAGAAAAUUAUUAUUUUGAUUUUUGUUUUCAACUGAGAUGGAUCAGAAUACUUCAAUUGGGAUUUAACAUUAAAUCUCAAGGUUGGUGUGUUUAGUCAGAUAAGUGACAAACUGUUCAACUGCCUGAUGUCUGAUUCUUAUUGAAAUGCAAUGAAGUACCCCAGCAGUUUUCUAUGGUUGAUUUUAAAAGUAUUUGUCAAAUGUACAGGAUUUUUUACUUUUAAGAAAUAUAAAUAAUAGUACCCUCCCUGCUGUAUUUUAUUCUGUGGCCUUUCUCAUUUCUGGGACUUGUACUAAUAAGUGGUGACAGUUCUAAACAGUGAAGUUAAUAACAAAGAUCCUGUUGUACAGGCUGGAAUUCUGUUAGGACAUGGAUAGACAUCUUCCCUCAUGUUGCAUGGCCUGGGAAUUCACCUGUCUCCUAUUGUGCACAAUACAGCAUUUUUUUAAAAAAUAAGCACAAUGUAGCAGAACAUUCCAGGUGCCUGAAAAGAGGGAGCCAGCAACAAUUCCUGCUGCUGUUUUCUGAUGUCUCUGGGAAUGACAGGGCAGUGCUGCCCAUUCCUGUUUGUUAGAGGGAAGGGAGGAGUGUGUGUUCCCUGCUCUAUGCACUGUUCUCUUCUGGUUUAACUGUCACCUAAGACCCUUUUGUCAAAAUCGACCUCUCAGAAAAUAUUUCUGCUAGUGGACAGGGGCUUGUCCCAGUGUAACUGCAAUUGGAGGGAAAUAACUUAUUUCAGUGUAGAAAUACAGCUGUAAUGAUAAUGAUAGGUGUUUAUAUGGCUGUUACUGCUUCUAACCAAGCUGGUUUCAAAAAAAUCCCAGAACAGUAACUGGGCCAGUUGAUGCUAAUGAAGAGAUGGUCAGCAGUUGGGACUGGCCAUAAAAAUAGAAAGAAAGGAUCAAAUGUGUCUGAAGAAGAUCACAGUACUGAGUUAAAUUCCAAUGAAUUCCCUUAUCAGCCUCCUCUGUUUCCACUUCCUGCAGAAGAACUUCCACAUUUAAGGCGAUGUGGUUUUGGUGAUUUUCUUUAAAAAAAACCAAACUGACCAAGUGCUGAUGUAAACUUCAACUUUCCAGGUUCUUCCCGAGAUUAGGCAAUGAGUCUGAGUUUAUAAUAGCACAGGGCUUCCCCCUACUUCUCUGUACUGAUUAAAUUCAUGGAAUGAGAGGAUGUAUUUUGGUUUUAGUUUGCAGAAUGGACUGCAUGAUUCUGAGGAAGAGGAUGUAGCUUGACAGUGAGAUAAUGAUUCAGAAUGAAUCAUUGCACCAGUCAUUUACCCCAAGAACUUUUUCUUUCUCUGUUGGUUUUUUAUCUUCUAACACAAAUGCAAUUUAUUUGGCUUUGAAAUUCCAUGGUACUGCUUGGUGCCUGACUUUGGACAUUACAUACGAAGCAACUGUUCCAGAACUGGUAACAGCUGGAUUUAGGGCUGAGCUUGGUAACAGAUGAAAGAUUAAAAAAUAACUUGGCAGUCAUGAUUUACAUUUGGAAAGUAUUAUAUAGGGUUUUUUUAUUUUCCAUGUAAUGGUUGCCUGAUACAUUCUACUGUAUUUUUAUGUAUGUACAUUGUGUGUGUAUAUAAAAAACCUGUAUUAGGUCA